UGUAUGAGAUAAGAAGAAAAAUGGCAUCCAAAAUAAAUACCAGUUUCACUUUGAUUCCCAAUCAGAAAUAUAGACGUAGUAACCGUCGAUCGAGCUGUUAUUCCAACACCCUUGACUCAGGCUCUCAGCCCUUAUCAACAUUUGGAAAUUUUAAAGCUUUGCCUUUGGAAAUAUUUCAAAUAAUUUUAAGAUAUUUGUCAGUGAAAGACAUCAGCAUGCUAAGCAUGGUGUCCAAAACAGUCAGCCAGCACAUUAUUAAUUAUAUCUCAACCUCAUCGGGAAGCAAAAGACUUUUACUUCAGGACUUCCAUAACCUUGAGCUGCCUCGCAGGAGACAAGACUCUGCUCUCCUGGAACACUACAGAUCUCUAGGUCUACUGUUUAAAAGAAGCACUAUGCUGCUACCCACCAAAGAAAGGCUAAAGUACAUUCACAAGAUACUCACAGAAGUUUCCUGUUUUAAAUUCAAUGGCUGUGUAGCUCCUAUGCAGUGUUUAGGAUUAACAUGUUAUGGCAUGUUUUUACAGACCUUAACAGCAGGUUGGGAUGAACUUGAGUGCCAUCGUGUUUUUAAUUUCUUAUGUGAGCUGACCAGUCUCUCCCGCAAGGUGCAGACUGUUGUCUGCGGCAAACCAGGAAGCGCCCGAAAACUGGAGUUAAGGAUCAGACUGUUUUGUAGAAAUGUCCUACUUGAUCACUGGACACAUCGAAGUGAUUUUGCAUUUUGGCUGACACGAAUAUUAAAACCAUGGCCGAUAGUGAAUCAGGCAAGAUUACUGUAUAUCAUCUUUGGGCCAAUAUCUCCUCAAGAUGGACAGGUGAUUUGGCAGAAAAUGAUAGAAGGACCUACAGAUGAAUCCAGUCUGAAAGGUUUGGCUGAUGCCAUUAAAUUACUAUAUGAUACAGGCACUAAAGAGUGGACCGCAGAUGAUGUUAUCAGUCUUGUAGAUGAACUAUCAGUGGUUCCCCGUGAGUGGCUUCUGGAGAAUAAUGCACGUCUCCUAAUCCUCAGUGGGAACAACAUCUGCUUCACUUUCAUGGCCAGUAAAGCUGUGAAUGGACGGGCCAUUGAACUAGCAAGGCUCAUCGUCUUUUUGGCUUUGGUGUGUGAGAAAGAGCUAUACUGCAUGAAUUGGGCAGUCAAAAUGAUGCAAAAAGUCUGUAAAGUCUUUAACACUCCAGUGGAAAGAAAUAACUUCCUGCAAAGUGUGGCAAAUACAUUUGCGUAUGUUAUAAUGGAAAUGCUGCAAUCAAUUAUGUCUGGAGACCAUGACGAAGAUGACAGAAGCUUUUUGAACUUGUUCCACCUUGUACAUGCUCAAGCUAGCUUCUAUAAGGAGGUCCUGGUUUUGACCAUGAAUACUUCUUGA